AUGGAGGAUUAUAUGAAUGGCAGCGAAGAUGAUUAUUAUUACUCCUCGGGCCAAGAAUCGAUCGACGGGAUCGAAAAUGAAGACUCUGAAUCUCGGUGGGCCCCGUCCAAAUCCCCUUCCUGCAAGGUAAUCACGAAAGAGUCUCUCUUGGCUGCACAGAGGGAAGAUUUGCAAAGAGUAAUGGACUUAAUAUCUGUGAGAGAACACCAUGCCAGAACUCUUCUUAUUCAUUACCGCUGGGAUGUUGAUAAGUUAAGUGCCGUUUAUGUGGAAAAGGGGAAAGCUUGCAUGUUUGCUGAAGCAGGUGUAACUCUGGUUGGAGCUGUUGACCUUGAUUUACCAGAGUCGUAUUCUACAGUUAUGUGCGAUAUAUGUAUUGAUGAUGUGCCUGUUAGUGAUGUGAGCAAAAUGGACUGUGGCCAUUUCUUCUGCAACAGCUGUUGGACAGAGCAUUUCAUUGUCAAAAUAAAGGAGGGCCAGAGCAAGCGGAUUAGGUGCAUGGCCCACAAAUGCAAUGCUAUAUGCGACGAAGCUGUUGUUAGAAAACUAGUUAGUAAAAGACACCCUGAUUUAGCAGAGAAAUUCGAUCGAUUUCUUCUUGAGUCAUACAUCGAAGACAACAAAAUGGUUAAAUGGUGCCCGAGUAUACCUCAUUGUGGGAACGCUUUACGGGUAGAAAAUGAUGAAUUUUGUGAGGUAGAAUGUUCUUGUGGUUCACAGUUCUGUUUCAGUUGCUUAUCAGAAGCCCAUUCCCCUUGUUCAUGCUUGAUGUGGAAGCUGUGGACAAAGAAAUGCCGAGAUGAAUCAGAGACGGUUAAUUGGAUUACUGUACAUACAAAGCCUUGUCCUAAGUGUCACAAACCUGUGGAGAAGAAUGGUGGUUGUAAUUUGGUUAGUUGUAUCUGUGGGCAAGCAUUUUGUUGGUUAUGUGGUGGAGCUACUGGCCGAGACCAUACUUGGUCAAACAUUGCUAAUCACAGCUGCGGUCGCUAUAAAGAAGAUGGAGAGAAAAAGGCCGAACGUGCAAAGCGAGACCUUUAUAGAUACAUGCAUUAUCAUAAUCGCUAUAAAGCUCAUACAGACUCUUUUCAGCAAGAAUCUAGAUUGAGAGAGACCAUGAGGGAGAAGGUGUUAAAUUUGGAAGCAAGGGAUUCGAAAUUGAGAGAUUUCAGCUGGGUUACAAAUGGACUUUACAGGCUCUUCAGAUCGAGGCGAGCUCUUUCAUAUUCAUACCCCUUUGCAUUCUACAUGUUUGGCGAUGACUUGUUUAAGGAUGAAAUGACAAAAAAGGACAGAGAAAUAAAGCAGAAUUUAUUUGAGGAUCAGCAGCAGCAGCUUGAGUCAAAUAUUGAAAAACUUUCCAAAUUUAUUGAGGAGCCAUUUGACGGGUACCCUGAUGAACAAGUUAUGCAAAUAAGGAUGCAAGUCAUCAAUCUAUCAGUGAUCACUGAUAGCCUGUGCAAAAAAAUGUAUGAUUGUAUAGAGAAUGAUUUAUUUGGUUCUCUUCAAUUUAGUAUUCACAAUAUAGCUCCAUACCUGUCAAAAGGUGUUGAAAGGGCAGUAGAGCUGACCUCUGGAUGGAGCACACAAGCAGGCUGCAAUAAUAUAUUUCAAAAGGCAGAUGAUCAGGCCAAUGGAGGUACAAUAGAAUCAGAUCAACCAUCAGCCUCAGGGACUUCAGACGAUAGUGGACGUUCAACAUGGAAACGAGCUAGAAAAGGAAGUGGUGGGGAUGGCAUGAUUGAUCUCAACAUGCCUGCUGAGGUUAUUGACAGAAUUGAUUAA